AUGGUACAGAGUGGUGAUCCCACUGGCACUGGCAAAGGCGGCGAUAGUAUUUGGGGUGGACCAAUCAGCGACGAACUCAAUCCCUCUCUGAAGCACGACGCUCGAGGUGUUGUGUCAAUGGCCGGAAACGGGCCACAUACAAGCAGAUCGCAGUUUUUCAUCACAUACGCGAAGCAUCCUACGUUGGAUUUCAAAUAUACAGUUUUUGGACGAGUGAUCGACGGAUUCGAAGUGUUGGACGAGUUGGAGAAAGUAAAAGUUGAUUCAAAGUAUCGGCCAGUGGUUGAGCAGAAAAUUCGAAAUGUUAUCAUCCACGCUAAUCCGAUUGCCGACUUGGCGGCCGCUUCCUAA